UUCAUUAUAUAUAUUAGCAUAAUUAUCCGUACAUAUUGGUCACUAGAAUUACCUCUUAUAAAACCAAACAAAUAACAUGUAAAUGAAAUUGGACCAUAAUGUGAUGUGUGCUCGUAAUUGCACUUUUUACGUUUAUAGAAUCCAAACUAUUAUUGUUUUUAAGUUGAGAUACUAAUUUUAAAGACUACGGAGAUAGUAAUUUAUACUAUAAAAAAUACACUAGUUUUACAGUACAAGCUUUAUAUAUAUAAUUACUUAAUAAUAUGAGAUUGUCGAGAUAAUGACUCAUUAAUUUGUUAGAAAUAUAUUGUUUAAUUAGAUAAUGAAUUAUAACUGAAUAAUAUGAGAUUGUCAAGAUAAUGAAUCAUAUUGUUUAAUAAUAAAAUGAAUAAUGGAUUAUAUAACUAUUCAUUAAAGAUAAUAUAUAUAUUAACCGUUUUAACUUUAAAUGUGAGAGUUCAAAUGCGAAAAAUCACUUUGAAAGUAAUUGUAUAGAUUUCAUAUUGGACAAAUAAAUAAUAUAUUUAAAAUUCAAGUAUAUAAACAAACAAUAAAUAAGUUCUCAAUUGUUUCAAUUAAUACUUAUCUAAUUACCUUAUAGUAUCAGUGCUAGUGAAUAUUUAAACUCAUGUGACAAUUUCUUAUAACAUGAUAAUAUUAUAUUCUGUUAUCUAAUAUCAAUAUUAUAUUUCAUAAGUCAUGAAACCAGCGAAAGUAAUAUCAUGAAAGUCAUCAUCAAGUCAACUACCACCGUGCAUUAUGGACGAAUGUGCAAUAUUCAAAACGUCGGACUACUCAAAUUUAUACAGCUCAAUUAAUUCGAAUAUAGUUUCCUAUAUAUAUAAAGUAACACAAAAGUUAAUCUGAGUAUUAGUCAAAAAGGAGAAAUUAUCUCUCGGCUUAGGUGGAACCCGUAUAUCUGAAUUAUAAUGAAUAAUAUUACAUAUACACGUCGAAGAUGUAAAAUGUAAAAAUGUGCUCACCUUCCAAUAAAAUUAUGUCUUUACCAAAUACAAUAUAAUAAAUUCAAAACUUUGACUAUUUGGCCUCUUUUCAUGGCACCACUCCACCCCCAUUCUUCCUUGAAGUAAAGUAAAAUUUCUACUUUUUUUAACUAAGAAAUGUCUGAGCCUUCAGUCCAAAUGAUCUCUUAGGUUCGAGACCAGCCGUUGGUAAUAUACUUUGAUAUAACGUAAAUCAUCUUUCCUAACAGAAAUCGAACUAAGGCACAAUAGAAUCAAGUCUAAGCAUUAAAUCAUUAGUUCAAACUUCAAUGCACCAAUGGUAAUUUUCUUUUCCUCAUUUUCACAUUUUGUUUCACAAAUCGUAUGCACAAACCUCACACACCUCACACGUAUACGCCAAUUUUGUUUCUUUUAUCAUAAAAAUGAUUUGAAGAUUUUACAAUGCAAAUCUUAAAUUCUGAGCCGAGGUUAAUCUUCGUUUCACCUUAUUUUUAUUUCUUUUUGCCGCGGUAUAAGCCAAAUAUUACUCCAUAUCAUAUCUUAUAAAUUGAAUAUAUAACUAUACUUUACUCUCUUAGAAACUCGACACAUGCUGUAUAUCAUUUCUUGGAGACUAAGAAAAUACAACCUUCAAGUUAAAUCAUAAAUCUCAUAUCUUUUUUUUCUCACAAUUUCUCUUAAUUAUACACUCUCUCUCUCCUUCUGUCUCUGUCUCUGUCUCCAUGAGCUCUCUUGCUUCUUCAUCAUAUAUUUCAUCUACAAGACAAUGAAGAAACACCCUAAACCGUGUAGUUUCCUUUUCCACAUCUCUAUACUCUCUGUGCUAUUCGUCUUUCUUCUUGUUUCUUGUGCAUAUACGACCUCGUACAAGCGUAAAGCCGGCACUGGUCUCGGCCAAAAGAGAAUUCUAGCAAGUAAUUUUGAUUUUACUCCAUUUUUCAAGAAGACAGAUCGUACUCAACGUCUGCGUAGAAGCUCGGCGGAAAAGAAAACUAAUUCUUGGUAUAAUGAUGAGGACCGGAUCGUACCUAGCGGUCCAAACCCUCUGCAUCACUAGCUAAAAAGGGUUUUAAGUUUGAUUUGUUUCAAUAGAUUUUGUUGUUUUUUUUGAAUAAUAUGUCUACAUGACCGUGGAUAAUGAAUCUAUGUUGUGAAGUGCAUUAGAUUGAUGUAACCAUUAUAUUUGUGCAUGUUUCUUCGUUUUCAGAAUGGGGCUCGUUAUCCUCUAUCAAUAGAUUUAGUUUUUUUUU